CUACGUAUUUCAGAAAGUCAAUAUAAUUUUGUCAUAUUUUUACGGUCACUCUACGGUUUCUGUUUAAUUUCAUUCGAACAGUUUUGAAAAAGAUUUGUCAUUCUCAUCUUCUUAGUAGAGAUCUGCUUCCUUAUUACAACCUAUAUCUUACUUUGGACAAGUUAUUAGUUUUCUAAAUUUCAAAUACCGGCGGAAGGCUUACCGCGCCCCCGCAGUACUGCAUUGCAUUGUGCGGCCACUCGGAGGGUCGACUAUGAGUAAUACCGUUUCUCGUGCUGAGUGACGUCGUGCAGCGGCACGGGUUCGAACAUCAGUCUGAUACAGUGUAGAGUUACGAUAAGACCCGCCCUCUGCGCCCUCACACCCUAACUUGCACUUACGCUGUUACCGCACCCUAUUGAUCUCCUGGACCGGUUGGGACUAAAUUUGUUUCUCGUACUCUCAUUCUUAAAAACGUGUCAAUUAUGGAAAGCGCCGAUUCGCUUCUUGGUGGCCUCGCGGGCGGAGACACUGUGCCUGUGCCUGCAGGUGCAUCGCACCCCGAACAAACUCUGAAGCGCGACCAGGAUUCAACGGACGACUUUGAGCAUUUAGACCGCGAGAGCAAGCAGGAUGCCAACGAAUCGCCUCUCCACCAACCGCGCAUUGCUAGUCAGAAUUUCAUUGACAUGGAACGUGACGAUCCAUUUGUGGACAUGCCUCGCGCUCCUUCUGCGGCGGAUAAACUAGCUGACCAACUUGCAGACAAAUUCACCGACAGUGAAUCCGACGCCGAUACAGCGGGCGAAUCGCCACUGCAUCGUCCCGAGCCGCCACUGCCUAAACCUAAAGAACCCACACCUGAGCCAACUAUUGUGGCGUUUGAUCCUACUCCUGUACUCGCGCCUACUUCUGCACCUCCACCUACUCCUGCACCUGUUUCUACUCCUGCACCCGCGCCAAUUGUGAAGCCUCUGCCGGAACCACCGGUGCAGAUUCAUCCCGAGCCUAAGCCUGCGGUCCAAGUCCAAGAGACUCCAAAACCUGCUCCUGCUCCCGCACCUGUGAAGAUGGACCCAGCUUCUCAACCAGCCUCCGUUCCGAACGAGCCCGCCCGCGUUCCUGUCGCGCACGUCAUCGAAGCAGAAGUAAUCUUCUGUCAGAUGGGACUUGAUGCCUGGUUCGACCCGCAAAGGCUGCAUCCUGAAGUGGAGUCCCUGAUCUACUGGCGCAACGCGGCGCGUUCUGGCGCGGCCCUGGGCGCUGGCCUGGUCCUCCUCAUUGCUCUGGCCUGCUGUUCCGUGGUGUCGGUGCUGGCCUACGCUUCGCUCCUAGCCCUUUCAGCAGCGGUAUCCUUCCGCAUAUACAAAAACGUGCUCCAAGCCGUACAAAAGACUAAUGAAGGACAUCCCUUCAAAUGGCUAUUGGAGAAGGACAUCAGCGUGCCCGCCGAGCGCGCGCAGUCACUGGCCGCCGCCGCCACCGCACACCUCAACGCUGGCGCUAGCGAACUUCGCAGGCUUUUCCUGGUGGAAGAUUUGGUGGACUCGCUCAAGUUUGGCGUGCUGUUAUGGUGUUUGACGUACGUCGGGGCUUGCUUCAACGGCAUCACGCUCAUCAUCCUUGGUUGGAUAGCGUUAUUCACAUUGCCCAAGGCAUACGAGAUGAACAAACAGCAAGUUGACGCCAACCUCGAGCUGGCGCGUGCCAAGAUCAACGAGAUCUCUGCUAAAGUGCGGGCAGCGGUGCCGCUAGGCAGGAAGUCAGAGAGCGAAAAAGAUAAGUAAGCGGCGGCGACGCGACUUCGACGCGACAGCGACUCAGCACGACGCGGCACCGACGCGCACCACGCGACACCCGCCCGCGCCCGAACACAGUUCUUUAAUUAGCGCCGGAGUACUUCAAUCACUGUUUGUUAUAUUUAUUAUUAUUGUAAUAUUAAAUAAAGAUAAUUACUUUACGUGUAAAGCUUUAUGAGACGAGUCAUGCGGAGAUUGUAUUUGCUUUUUGAAAUUUUAAAUUAAAAUACCUGUCGGAAAUA